AUGGGGGAACUGACUUCGCUAGAACAGCUUCCGUUGAAUAUCAUACUCCAGAUUCUCACAUAUUUGAACAUCCAGGACCUGCAGAAUGUGUCACGGACGUGCCGCACUCUCCGCGUGCUUUGCAACGAAAGUAUUGCGUACAACCGCUACUUGAUAGAGUGGACGGCCGAUAGCUGGCGGAAGCGCAGGCUAAUGUACAGCUUCCUAGCGAUAUGCAAUAGCAGGCGCAACAUACUACGGAUGAUGACCAACUACAGUCUCACCAUGGCAGAGGCGCUCGGCUACGUGCACGACCGUGUAAGGCUAGGAUACAGCGACCUGGUUUACAUUCUAGACCGGUCUCGCCAGGGACUCUUCAAACUGGGGACAGAAAUAGAGGCGGAUAGUGCAAAGGAGGCGCAUACUGCAGGCGAUAAUGAGUCUUCUGAGCUGCCCGACACAACUAUGACAGAGCUGCUGGGGGAUCAGCUGGAAAACGAAAAUACGGAUAUCAGCUUUGCGAUGGCGUCUGGGAUAGAGCCUGGCGACCAGGAAGACGCGGACGAGUACGACUACUUCACUUGUCCACAGAGUCCAGGUUCUGCCUUGGGGGUUCGUGUGAAUGCAUUUGAACCCCGGAGUAAAAAAAGGGCUCGCGGCGAUGACGAUGGCAUGACCUACCUAAAGAUACUUCAAGGCUUUCACAAGGUUUCUUCGAAUACGUGCGGAACACAGCGACAGUCGCUGUUCGACGCAGCGCACGACGAGGUACCCGUGAAGCAGAACGACGAAAACUGUUCCGAUACUGAUGCAACGCCAACGAAGCCUUACACUGGCUAUGCUCAUCGCCCCCGUCGUUGCUCAUCCAACGCCAACGAAACCUCACUUAGCGGGCCCUGCUCGCACGAGCUAUUAUCUGGGGAGUCUUUUCACUAUUCGCCCCACUCAUCUCAUGGCGAUUCAGUAAGCUCCAUAUUCUCGGACACACCUCGGCUGUCUGACCCCUGCAACUCGCGUGGCUGGACGAUGGGCUUCGAGCUCGACCACAUUUCAGACGGGAACUUCAGCGGCUCGGACUCCUCCAGCUCGGAUGAGUACAUCAAACAACUCCAGACCUCCAUGAAGGUGCGCGAAAAAGCCGUUCUCUUCGAGAAGUUAAUAGCCAAGGGCACCGAGAAGGCGAUCACCAAGAAAUGCCCUGCAGAAUCCGCGGAUGCCAGAAGAAAAAUAUCCCAGUCCUAUCUGGAGGAACUACAUCGUUGCAACACCGCCUCUACUCUGCCUUCUCCAGAUGAGAUAAUCGCUAAUAGUAAGGAUUGGGACAGGUAUGGGAGCCCAUUUUUCUUGGAUCUCUGGGAAGCAGGAAAGACAUCUUCUCGGAAACACUCGCUUGACGCAAGCCGCCGCAACGCUCCUCAAAGAAGGCAACUAAAAGCUUUUGUCACUGACGGCAACAGAAUAUGCUACGAGAGACUAUGA